AUGAGCGGAGCGCAACUUGGGUACCGAUUUACUUUCAUUGACGUGACGGAGGAUGGCAAGACGGACGGUGAUGAUCACCGUGCACGGGCCCGCAGCCUUCCCCCAAUCCGGGCAUCCGUGGCAAACUCGGAGACUCUGGUCGUAGAUGCAUGGGCGCAUCUUCAUCUUCGCACUCUCCGACAAGGGCGGGAUGCAACAGUCUUCGAGCCGCCCGCGCCAAACCGUGGCAGUGUGGGACACCCAACACUGUGCAGUCGCCCAUGCAUCUACGUCGCAAAGCAGGGGCAGUGCCAGAAAGGUGUGGCCUGUGGGUUUUGUCAUCAUGAUCAUCACAGUGGCCCGAAUGACCCCAAACCCGACAAGCAGCAGCGCCGCUUGAUGAGCACGAUGCCUAGGGCAGAGCUGCUGGGCCUUCUCGCAGAGCUACUUCAGGAUCGUGCGGAGCAAGAUGGAUUCCAUGAUGUGGGUUUCGUGGUCGCGGCUCCUUGGUCGAUUAGAUGGCGCUUACCAUGGUUGGAUAUGGUAGGUGGGUUGCUCGAUGGUGCACAGCUUGCCUGCGGCGCAACCGAGGCUGUGGCUGUCCAGGCAGGACUCCGUCCAAGCCGCCCGCAGACGAAGUCUCGAAAGCUUGCCAACUUGCGCCAGGUGAUCGGGCGCAUGAACUUCUCCGCCAUCCUCUCGAUAGCUCUGCGUCACUGUGAGGGCCACAGCAAGGCUUCGAUCCUGCAGGAGCUGAAGGCUCUGCGAAACAAUGUGACUUUUUAA